AUGGCCGUGGCAGCACAUGAUGUGGCUAGACAAUGGGUGCAGCACCAGAAAGAAAGAGAACAGCCCAAAGGAUUCUUGGGCACAGCCUUCGGACUGAAGGGCUCCGUCCUGCCCUAUGGCUUCCUAUACUCCAUGCCUUCGACCAUCAUGGCCGUGAUUCUGCACAUUUUCUGGAGCCCGGAUCUGAAAGGAGAAGAAAAUCCGCAGGUAGGUGGCUUCAUGGCAAUCUGGGGCGGCUACACUUUCGUGCUUGGCUUUCUCAUUGUCUUCAGGAACAACCAGGCCUACAACAGAUUCUGGGAGGCAGCAUCCAAAAUGCACGAACUGCGGGGUGAGCUGUUCAACUGUGCCAGCACACUUUGUGCAUAUUGCUGCGAACCCAAGAAGUUUGGACCAGAAGGCUCUCGAGAGCAUGCGGCUGCAACGGGGCAUGUGGAUGAAUUUCAGCACCUGCUCGUUCGUCUUAUGAGUCUGCUGUUCUCCUCCUGCUGUCAUGAUAUUGCAAGCGAAGAUCCCCACAUAGCCCAGCUGAAAUCUAAGAGCGUCGGCGACCUGGACAUUCAGGCUCAGAACCUGAACAAGAAGGCAGGUCACUUGGAGAUGCAGGUCUUGGACCUGGGUGGCGUGCAAGCUGAGAGCCUAGUGCAUCUGAAUGAAGUUCCAAGCAGGUGCGAGGUAACAAGCCAGUGGAUCUACAGGUUGAUUAUCCAAAAGCAGCGUGAAGAACCUAUGGAUGGCAUGCAGAUCAAAGUUCUGGACGUGCCGCCGCCGAUUUUGGGUCGACCGUUGGCAGAUUUGGCAUCAGCACUUGGUGACCUCUACCGAGCACGAAAGAUUGCGGAGAUCCCGUUUCCUUUUCCAUAUGCCCAGAUGAUCUUGGACAUGCUGUUGGUUUUCUGCAUUGUCACUCCGGUCUUGGCCAGCCAGCUGGUGAGUUCAACUCCGAUGGCUCCUACAUUGCAGCAGUGCGUUGUCCUUCUCUGUUCAUUACGUAGUUAG